AUGAAACAUCAUCAAAUAAUCUUAUAUAUUUUUAUUAUUUACUUUUUUCAUGUAUCAACUUCACGAGAAUCUGAAAAUUUAUUCAAUCAUUCUAAAAGAUUAACUCAUGCUAUUAUAAAUGGUGAAGUACGUAGUAAUGGUACAUUAUUAAAUAUCGAUAGAAAUUCUCAUAUCAUUAUUGAACUUCGUCUAACACGUGAUGAUCGUCCACGAUCAAUUGCUAGAACUAAAAUAAAACUUGAUAGUAACAGAACAAAAGAUCCAUUUAGUUUACUAUUUAAAUUAAAAUAUCCAUUAUCAAAAAUGAAUCCACAUAAUACAUAUAUACUUACCGCUAGAAUUCGAAAUAGUCAGAAUAAAUUAAUAUAUGUUGGUGAUCUUCCCGUACCAGUUACUGAACGAAAAGAAAAACAAGCAAAACAUUUAAUUAUCAACGUCGUUGAAACACCGUCAUGGUUUAGUAAUAUUGAUAAACUUAGUUUAUUAGCUUACAAAGUCACUCAAUUGGCAGGUACUGAAGAGGCAUUUACAAGUGAUUUUUAUACAAAUAAAAAAUCCGGUAUUUAUACAUGUGUUGUAUGCAAUUCAACUUUAUUCAGUUCAAAACAUAAAUAUAAUAGCGGCACAGGUUGGCCAUCUUUUUAUCAACCAGCUAUUGAAAAAAAUGUUGCAGCAGAUGUUGAUCGAAAAUACGGAUUGACUCGAACCGAAGUUCAUUGUGCAAAUUGUAAAGCACAUUUGGGUCAUGUAUUUGACGAUGGUCCUCAACCUACUUAUCUACGUUAUUGUAUCAAUGGAGUGGCUUUACAAUUUUAUUCGGAUGAAUACGAUAGGAAAUAA